AUGACAAGUAGACAAGAAUUACAUCUGCAGCCAAAGCAAGAUUACUUGCGAUGGUGUCUUGAUUAUAGUUUCCCAAAAUGGCCUCUUUUACAACAUUUUCGAUGUACUCUCCCACACAAAUACUCUUACAUUUCAAUUAUGAACAUUCUCAUUAACUGUCAACUAGGGAAUUCCGUAGAAGGGAAAUCUAACAAUUUCUUUACCCCAUCAUCCGGAAUUAUAAUGGUGUGCGGUAGUUUUGAUAACAGAAUUUUAGCAUUUACAACCCAGCAUUGUCUAACUGUUGAGGUUUGUAUAUUUGUGCCUCUUCUUUUGUAUCCGAAACUCCAUUCAGUCGUAAUUUAUGUAGCUAAAAAUGCAUUUAAGAGCACUGAAGAAAUUAUUUUAGCCAACAAUAUAUGGGUCCUUAUCUGUUUUAACAAAAUUGAUAUCAUGAUCCGUAAAAGUGAAGUAAAAACGUUAUUUGAAGUCUUUAUCUUACUAAUACUAAUCAGAUCAGUUAGCGCAAAAAAGAAGGCAAAUUACCCAUUAAAACAAAACGAAUUAUUGCUGCUGUUGUGCUAUGAUUAA